UAAGUUCAAUGGCAUUCAUGUACAUUUCAAUUCAACUAUUCUUAAUUCAAAUCCUAAUACUAGUAGCCAAAUCCAAAGCUAAAGUUCCUGCACUUAUAGUGUUUGGAGACUCAACCGUGGAUACAGGCAACAACAACCAAAUUCCAACAAUCGCCAAGAGUAAUUUCGAGCCUUACGGUCGUGAUUUUCUUGGCGGCCGCCCUACCGGACGGUUCUCCAAUGGUCGCGUUGCUACUGACUUCUUCUCCGAGGCUUUUGGCAUCAAGCCAACAGUACCUGCCUACUUGGAUCCAACGUAUAAUAUCUCAGAUUUUGCUACUGGAGUUUGCUUUGCCUCUGCUGGAGCUGGCUAUGACAAUGCCACUUCUGAUGUUCUGGGUGUGAUACCACUGUGGAAGGAAGUAGAGUACUACAAGGAAUACCAAAAGAAAUUGAAAGAGUAUGCUGGGGAGGAGAAGGCAAACGAAAUAAUAAGGGAGGCUUUAUAUUUGGUUAGUAUUGGAACAAACGACUUCCUUGAGAACUAUUACAUAUUCCCUGAUCGAAAAUCCCAGUUCACCAUCAGACAAUAUGAAGAUUUCCUCAUAGGAAUUGCCAGGAAUUUCAUCCAGGAUCUUUAUGGACUGGGAGCUCGGAAAAUAUACUUAGCUGGGGUUCCUCCAAUGGGGUGUUUGCCAUUGGAGAGGACCAUGAAUAUCAUGGAUUUUCAUGGUUGUGUGGAGGAAUUCAACAAUCUGGCCUUGGAUUUUAAUGGGAAAUUGGAGGGCUUGGUGGCAAAGCUGAGCAAGGAGCUUCCUGACCUUGUACUGUUAUUUGCAGAUAUAUAUAGCAUUUUGCAGCAAAUCAUUACAAGACCUUCAAAAUAUGGAAUGGAGGUGGUAGAAGUGGGAUGCUGUGGCACAGGGAGAUUUGAGAUGAGCUACCUCUGCGAUCCACAAAGUCCACUUACGUGCACAGAUGCAAAUAAAUAUGUGUUUUGGGAUGCUUUCCAUCCUUCAGAGAAAACAAGCCAGAUAAUCUCCAAUCAUUUAUUUAAAAAGGGUCUAGCAAAGUUUCUUUGACAUGUUGUAAUGUAUCAUCUCUGCUUCUCAAGCUGUACACUUGAAUUUCCCUUUCCACUAUUUUAUUUUUUUCUUUUUUUGGUGCAAGCUCAGCUCACUGAAUAUUUCCAGAUAUGGCACAUCUCCAAGUUUAUGGGAGGUGUUUGGAGAAAAAUAGGAAUGAAUGCGGGUGUUACAUUCU